GUCUACAUAAGGACCCACACAUCAUGUCAGCAUAAAGCAACAGUAGACAGAAAAAAAAACUCUGCUCACCUACCGAGGCAUUGAGCUAGGUCUGUAACAACAAUGUGGUGGAAGUGAGGUCUGAAUGAGUUCCUGAAAACACUGACAACAUUCUGUUUUUUCUGUGAGCUUCAUAUCGUGCCUCAAAGCUCAUAUUGCCAAAGUCACAGGCAUUUGGACAAGUCAACAUUGAAGUCGAUUCAAGGCUGUUGGUUUCCAGUCAAAGAUUCACCAUGGUUGGAUGGAUUUAUCAACAAACCCUGAUCUCAUUGGCUAUACUACUCUUCACUCUAUCCAAUAAGGUCCAUGGUGGCAAAAUCCUGGUUUACCCAUUGGAUGGAAGCCACUGGGUCAACAUGAAAUUCAUCAUCGAAGCGCUGUAUUCUAAAGGCCAUGACAUCACAGUGGUGCGAGCAUCAAACAGCUGGUACAUCAAGGAGAAUUCCCAUCUUUACAAUUCCAUUACCAUCCCUAACACUGGGGGAUUUGAUGAGAACUUCUUCGGUGAAUUUAUAUUAAGUAAAUAUCUAAAGAUCCAAAGGGAGGGUAGGAAUAGCUUUUGGACCCAAAUCACGCUUCAGUCUUUAGUCUCUAAAUCUUUUUAUGAGUUCCACAAGAACAUGGCUGAGGUAAUCUCGCGGCUCCUUGACGAUGAUCAGCUGAUGCGGUCUCUCCAGGAUGCUAAGUUUGACUUGGUUCUGACUGAUCCAAGUGUUGCCGUGGGAACGAUCUUGGCCCGCCGCCUCGGCCUCCCGCUGGUGCACAAUGUCCGGUGGACCAUCCAAGGUGAGGCGCACAUGAUCCUCGCCCCCACGCCUCUUUCUUACGUCCCCUUCACCGCCUCGGAGUUAACCGACAAGAUGUCGUUCCCCCAGAGGAUCUUCAACAUCAUUGCAUAUUUCAUGGGGAAUUACAACAUGGCCUGCAUGACCGAAUCCCACUACAAAGCUGUUGUCUGGCAUCACUUUGGCCCUGAUGUCGAUUACGACACCUUCUUCCGGGAGGCAGACAUCUGGCUCAUGAGAACCGACUUUGUCUUUGACUUCCCAAGACCCACCAUGCCCAACAUGGUCUAUGUCAGCGGGUUCCAGUGCAGGCCUGCCCAACCUCUUCCACCUGACCUGGAGCGCUUCGUCCAGAGUUCUGGAGAGCACGGGGUCAUCAUGAUGACCCUGGGGACUUUGCUUGCGAGGCUUCCCGAAGACAUCGCCGACGAGAUCGCUGCCACGUUUGCACUGCUGCCCCAGAAGGUCAUCUGGAGGUACACCGGUCCGACUCCCUCUACCCUGGGAAACAACACCCUGCUGGUGGACUGGAUCCCACAGAACGACCUCCUGGGCCACCCCAAGACCCGGGUCUUUGUGGCCCAUGGAGGAACCAACGGCGUUCAGGAGGCCAUCUACCACGGGGUCCCGUUGGUCGGCCUCCCCCUUGUCUUGGACCAGCCUGACAACCUCUCAAAGCUGAAGGCCAGGGGGGCGGCUACGGUAGUCAACAUUGUCACUAUGGACAGAGGGGUUUUCCGGGAGGCCCUGGAAGCUGUGCUGUAUGAGCCCUCUUAUACUGAGAAUAUACAGAGGUUGUCUGCACUGCACAGAGACCAACCCAUGAAGCCGCUGGACAAGGCGGUGUUCUGGAUUGAGUUUGUCAUGAGACAUAAAGGAGCCCGCCAUCUGCGGACAGAGUCCUAUAAGAUGUCCUGGGUUGUCUACCACUCGGUUGAUGUGAUUGGGACUCUGUUAGCUUGCGUUUUGCUUGUGGCACUGGUCAGCCUGUGCGUCAUGAGAUGGGUUUGCCACAAAGUCUUUUGUAAGAGGAAAGUGAAAACAGAAUGAAGUUGAUGUGUUUGAGAUGUUUUAUUUUCUAAUUGAUCAGUCAGUAAAUUAUGAUCAAUACAAAUCAUGUUAAA